AUGUCUGUCCCUCCCAUUGCCAAAGCGACUCUGCAGGCGGCGGUGAUCAACGCGGGGUCCAAUGUUUUGGCGCAAGGAAUUAAAGCGUACCGGGACGAGAUUCCGUUUGAGCUAGACGUUCAGACAUUAUUCCAAUUCACCACGUGUGCAUUCAUCCUGUCACCCUUGAGCUUUUUGUGGCUGGAGGGCCUGGAAUCAUCAUUCCCGGGUUUCAGCACAAAGACCAAAACAGAAAAAGAUGAGGGGCAACCGAAACUGAACGUAAGCAAUACAGUGGCCAAAGUGGCGAUUGAUCAGACGGUCGGAGGCGCGUGGAAUACCGUCCUGUUCAUCAUGACCAUCGGGACGCUCCGAGGAUUGGAUUAUGAGAUGAUUAUGUCGCAGAUUCAGAAUGAUUUUUGGCCGAUCAUGAUGGCGGGUUUUAAGCUAUGGCCAUUUGUGUCGGUGUUGAACUUUACAGUGAUUCCCGUUGAUAAACGAUUGUUGGUGAAUAGUUUGUUUGGUGUUGUUUGGGCGGUUUAUCUGUCGUUGAUGUCGGGUUGA